AUAUUCGUGCAUUAUGACUAAUGUGACUCGAACUUCAUUCAGCAGUGUUUGACAGUUUGACGAGCAUGUGAAAGGUGAAAGUUUUGAAGUUAGAAAAAAAUACAUAUUGGGUUGUACGAUCUUAUAAACUGGUCGAGGAAAAGGAUUCUUUUGAAUUUUUCAAUCGACAAUCGCGCAACACAAAUAUUUAAGUACGAUCCAAAAGUCAGAUUGGUGUAUAAAGUAGACAAACAAUGUCUUACGUUCUUCUAGACUGAUUACUGAGAAACAAUAAUUAUCGGAUUAUUGAGAAACAAUAAUUAUCGGACAUAAUUCGUUCGAUUAACUUGCUGAAAUGGCUAAGCAGUCGUACAGUAUUGUCGAAUAUUUUGCGGAACACGAGGGCUACAAAUGCGGCUAUUGUAAAAGCCCCGACACAAACUUCAGUCACGGCAUGUGGGCGCAUUCAUUGACGGUGCAAGAUUAUCAAAGUUUGAUAGAGCGAGGAUGGAGACGGAGCGGCUGUUAUUGUUACAAACCUACUAUGACUCAAACCUGCUGUCCGCAAUAUACCAUAAAAUGUGAAGCAUUAGACUUUAGAAUAUCAAAGUCUCAAAAGAAAAUCUUAAAGCGUAUGACAAAAUUUUUGAGAAAUGAACUAAUAAAUGAUAAUGUUGGAGCAAGUGGAGAUCAACAAGAUAAUAUAGAUAUAAAUAAUAAGGAAGUGUCCAAUUAUGAAAAGUAUUUAGAGAAAGCAGAAAAAAAUGCAUCUGAUAUAAAUGUUACAUCUAUUGAUGAUGAAGUUAGUGGAAGACUGUCUGUCGAUUUAGUAAAUUCGAAAUCUCAAACAAAUUCUACUUCUGUAUCGAGGAGCAAUCAAGAACAAAUAAAUUCUGACAAAAAAAGCAAUAUGCAUGUUAGAAACGAAAUUACUAAUGUAGUGCCUUGCAAGAAAGCAAAGAUCUUGCGUUUGGAACGUAAGCAAAAUAAGUUGUUGGCACAAGGUAAAUCGCAAAGCGAAAUUGAAAGCAUCAUGAAAGAAAAGAAACAACAGAAUUAUACUAAGACUUUGGAGGAAUUAUUUGAGGAGGUGUACACUGGUUUGAAAAAGUUGGAGCUGAGAUUAGUUCGAACUGCGCCAAUGAGUCCUGAAUACCUAAAGACUUCAAAAAAGUCGUACGAUGUUUAUAAAAAAUAUCAAACCACUAUACAUGGAGAUCAGGCUGAAAAGGUCACAGAACAACAAUACACAAGAUUUCUCGUAAAAUCACCUUUACAGCAAUGGACACCCAAUAAUGGCCCACCUCAAGGAUACGGCUCUUUUCACGAGCAAUAUUGGUUGGAUAAUGAAUUAAUAGCUGUCGCAGUAAUAGACAUUUUACCAUCAUGCAUAUCAAGUGUAUACUUUUUCUAUGAUCCUGCAUAUAGUCAACUCUCUUUAGGAACUUUUAGUUCUCUGCAAGAAGUUUAUUUAACAAGACAGCUUAAUAAAGUCACGAGCGAUCUGAAAUAUUAUUACAUGGGCUUUUAUAUUCACACAUGUCCGAAAAUGCGAUAUAAAGCCAAAAUGCGACCAUCGAAACUUCUAUGCCCGGAAACAUAUGUGUGGUGCGACAUAGAGCUCUGUUUAACUAAAUUGGACAACGCGAAAUAUAAUCGUUUGAAUGACGAUUUGGAUGCAAUUGAUGAGGACGGUGUAAUCGACAUUCAAGAGGUUUUGAUUUUACAUGAGCGUAGUGUGAUGCCAUAUAAGAAAUACAAGGGGCAAGAAAAAAUAACACGGGAAGAAAAAACAAGAUAGAGGAAUAUGCCAGCUUUGUCGGGAUGCCAUGUGCGCGUAGGAUGCUGCUCUAUCGCUAGCUCAAUUAAAACAGCAAUAAAAUUUGCUUAGAACAAUUAAAAAUUCGGUUUCAGUAGGCUCUGAAUUAGUUUGCCUUGCUUCUACAUCAUCCUUUGGUCUGUUGAUCGAUCGAAGUUCAUUCCAGCUUUGUAUAUUACCACUACCUCCAAACAGGAACACAAACAUACUCCCGAUGCAUACCGCAGCACCGAUCCAGAAGAGUAUUUGCCAUCUGUCAAUGGGAUUCUAGUGGAAAAGGGGAAAAUAAAUUCACAUUAAAAUUGAUAUUAUCCGAUAUAUAAAAGACAAAAGCAAUAUAAAAGCAGCUAUUUUUUUAAUGUAACUCGUAACUUUUAAUUUGAUAUACAAUCUGAAUCGAUAUCUAGCACAAUAAUAGAUUGGUUGUAAUCCAAAAUAUAACUAUAUAAACUAAUACAUUAAUUCAAUAUAAUCUAAUACAAUAAUUGAUUCAUUAAAUGAUGCUUGAAUCGAUAACUGAAUAAAUACGUAUAUAACAGAUGCG